AUGAUCCAGGAAGACGAACCUUUCCGCUUUAUCGAUGCAGCUGCCAAGGAAACAACAGUCGCUCUCACUCGCGCCAACAUUCGCCAUGGGUUCAUAGGCGGAUAUACGACGUCUCUCAUUGGCGGAUCGAGAAUUACUGAGGACAUUGAUGUAAUCGUGGAUUCGGACCCAAGCGAGGCCCGCAACAAGCUUCUCCAGGCCAACGCCCGCUUCACAAUGACCCCCAGCAGCAAACUUGUGUUUUCGGGAGGGGAUGAUAAGCCUAUCACAGUUAAGCUUCUUCGUGGAGGAGAAGGUAGACAGUUGAAGUUACCUGACGCAAAUGUUGUUUCUCUUCGCUCCAUCACUGCCAAUGACCUGCCGGGACGUGUUGAGGAGACCCCAAUCCCCAUCAUUGCACCCUCCGUCCUCGUCCUCACCAAGCUCAAGAGAUGGGCAUUUAUCGCCGACUCCACCCGUCCCGCAAGUACCAGAAAAGCAGUGAGGGACGUCAAAGAUAUUCAGGUAAUCCUGACCUGGCUGGUUAACGAUGGCGGUCUUAUCGAUUUUGAGGGAUAUCCGGAGAAGCCCAAGCACGAGUUACUCGCCUUGGUUCGCAAGCUGUACCAGAUGCAUACAACAACUCGCCCUUUGCUUGCAGCCACCUUGAGUGCGGAGGAUUUGGCGCUCAUCAGCAAUUAG